UGUUUCUUUUUGUUUCCUCUAUUGAUGAAUGAACAUAAAUGAGGCAAACUCUAGGAAAAACUCACUUUUAAAAUUUUACCUUGACAUUCACGCCCUUCUCUCCAUAAAGGAACCACCAUGACUUGAUAGCUUAGAGAAAGGCCCAAGAGUCAUUUGCUGUAUGCUUAGGUGACCUUCAAACCGAGACUCCUUAUAUUUUUAAAUUUUUGUUCAAACUUUCUUAUGUAAAACUUAAGAACCUUACAAUUGAAAACUUUGCAUACUCUGAAUAUUUAUGAGGUAUUCAGAACUAUCCCAGGAUCAGAUGAUAUUUUGAAUACACUUCUUUAUUAGGUGUUACUAUUUUAUUCUACCAAGCUAGCUUAUCAGUAGAACGAAGUCUCUGGUGUAACUGAAGGAUUCUGGAAGACUAAGAGAGGUUGAUAAUUCCUUCACUGAUUUAAAGAAGUAUUUUUCCUUCCUGCCUGCCUUCCCGCCUUCCUUUCUUCCUGCCUCCCUUUCUCCCUUUCUCUCUCUCUGUGUCCCCCACCUUGUAUUUGGUAACAGAACCCCCUUUUGUUGCUGUCAUUGUGUGUUUUGUUUUCCCCACUUUAUUAACCAGGUAGAAGUAGGGAUGGUUUUGAUGAGCGGAGAAGAGAUUCAAGUGCUGUCCACUUGACCUCAGUCAUGCGUCAAAAGACAGUCUAUGACUCAUUGUCAUGGAAUUCUUGUCUACUUUUUAAGCCACUGCCAAGACUUACUUCAAACAUAGGUGGAGAGGUAGGACGGAGCCACGACGGCAGUUACGUGGGCAAACACUUCCGCAUGGGAUUCAUGACCAUGCCUGCUCCUCAGGACAGACUUCCCCAUCCUUGCUCCAGUGGCUUUACUGUGAGGUCACAGUCCCUGCACUCGGUCGGGGGCACAGAUGAUGACAGCAGCUGUGGCUCCCGGAGACAGCCACCGCCCAAGCCCAAGCGGGACCCCAGCACCAAGCUGAGCACGUCCUCGGAGACAGUCAACAGCACAGCCGCCAGUAAGAGUGGGAAAGCCCCCGAGCGGACUGAAGUGUCGGCCAAACCGAGACCCCAUAGUGAUGAGUAUUCAAAGAAGAUUCCUCCUCCAAAACCAAAACGGAACCCAAACACUCAGCUUAGCACAUCUUUCGAUGAAACGUAUAUCAAAAAGCACGGGCCCAGGAGGACGUCGCUCACGCGAGACUCUUCCCUCUCCCAGGUCAGCAGCCCAGCGGGGGACCCGGAGGAGGAGGAGCCGGUGUAUAUCGAGAUGGUGGGGAACAUUCUCAGAGACUUCAGGAAAGAGGAUGACGACCAGAGUGAGGCCGUCUAUGAGGAAAUGAAAUACCCCAUCUUUGACGAUUUAGGCCAAGAUUCAAAAUGUGACCUUGACCAUCACAGUUGUUCUUCGCAGUGUGCUACUCCCACGGUGCCUGACUUGGACUUCGCCAAGUCCUCAGUGCCAUGUACUCCAAAAGGUUUGCUUUGUGACAUCCCGCCGCCCUUUCCCAACCUGCUUUCUCAUAGACCCCCGCUGCUGGUGUUCCCGCCAGCUCCUGUGCAGUGUUCCCCCAAUUCCGAUGAGUCUCCGCUCACCCCACUGGAGGUCACAAAGCUUCCUGUGCUGGAAAACGUGUCUUAUAUGAAACAGCAGGCUGGAGCAUCUCCAUCCUCACUGCCCUCUCAUAUCCCUGGCCAUCCCAAACUGGAGAAAGACCAGACCGGAGCCCUAGGACCAGCUCCUGCUGCUUCUGUGCUCUCCUCGUCCCCUCCCCCGCCUUCCACUUUGUACCGAACGCAGUCUCCCCACGGCUACCCUAAAAGUCACUCGGCCUCCCCAUCACCUGUGAGCAUGGGGCGGUCCCUGACCCCGCUCAGUCUCAAAAGGCCUCCACCCUAUGAUGCUGUGCAUUCAGGCAGCCUCUCAAGGAGCUCUCCAUCAGUGCCUCAUUCCACCACCAGACCAGUGUCGCAAGAUGGGAGCAAGAUGGUCAACGCUGCGGUGAAUACCUAUGGGUCGGCUCCGAGCGGCUCCCGGUCCAGGACACCCACGAGUCCUCUGGAAGAACUAACCAGCCUCUUUACCUCAGGACGGAGCCUGCUGAGGAAGUCGGCCAGCGGCCGCCGUUCUAAAGAACCCGCUGAGAAAUCGACAGAGGAACUGAAAGUCCGAAGCCACAGCACGGAGCCAUUACCAAAGUUGGACAGCAAAGAGAGAGGGCAUCACGGGGCAUCUUCCUCCAGAGAGCCUAUCAAAGCUCAGGAAUGGGAUGGAACGCCAGGGCCACCUGUGGUCACCAGUAGACUGGGAAGAUGUUCUGUGAGCCCCACCUUGUUAGCAGGAAACCACAGCUCAGAACCGAAAGUAAGCUGCAAACUAGGCCGGUCUGCGUCCACAUCAGGUGUGCCCCCGCCAUCAGUUACUCCUCUCAGGCAAGCCAGUGACCUGCAACAGAGCCAGGUGGCAUGCAUGCAGUGGUUUCAUGGAGACCAUACAAUGCUUGAGAUGAUUGAGAAAAAACGUUGCUUGUGCAAAGAAAUAAAGGCUAGACAGAAAACGGAAAAGGGCCUUUGCAAACAGGAUAGCAUGCCUAUCCUACCCAGCUGGAAGAAGAAUGCAGGUGCAAAGAAGUGCAGCCCUCCACCCUAUUCCAAACAGCAAACGGUAUUUUGGGAUACGGCCAUAUGACUGUGUACAAGAUGGCGUGAGCUCCACCUUACUUAACACAAAGAGGGAGGUCAACUCGGUCACGUGAUAAGUAACUGUUAUGUAUCUUUUCUGUUGGAAUGGAAUGUCAGCACUUCCCUAGAAAACCCACGGGAAGCUGUGCCUAUUCGUGGCAAGUUCAAGAUAAAAAUGUAUAUUUCUUUGCAAUUGAGGCACAUUUAUUUAUCCCGGAUUAUUUUGAAUCCAGAAGAUAUUAUGAUGUAAAUAUUUUACUAGUUUAUGGGUGACACCUGAAAUAAUACACAUUAUAAGUAUAUAAAUUACAGAAAUAUCAAGAGUUUUACUAUAUGAUAUAAUUUCGGUAUUAACUGGUUUGUUAUCUCUUUUAUAUGUAAUCCCUUGAUGCCUUUUAUUAUUAAUUUUUGCAUUUAAAAUGUUUUUUUUCCCUCUGCCCACAUUUGGCUUCUGUACAAGAGCUCACAGCUGUAAAUCAUAUUCAAUCACAUAAUAUAUGAUCUGGUGCUAGUAAUGUAGAAGUCGAAUAUCAUAUUUGUUAAGAGCAUCUGUUGCUUUGUAAGGUUUUGAGGGUUUGACAGGAAAUGAAUGCAAAUGUGAUGCUUAACUUGGAUGUCCACCUUAUAUCAACACCAAUAUUUUUGCUACAUUGGCUUUAUAAGGAUUUCUCUUCAAUAUCAUCUUGUUUAUAUUAAGCAAUGGUUAGUCAGACUCCAGAGAAAGUUCUUAGGAUAUAUUUGGACAUCCCAGCAGAAAACAUUUCCUUC